AUGAUUUUGGCAUUUUUGUAUUACAUCCCAAUUAUCAUUUGGAGAACAUAUUCUUCCAAAUCUGGAUUUUCUCUUUCUAAGAAUAUUCAAACGUGCAUCAAAGCACGAAAUUCCGUCACAGUUGCUGACAAAAAACGACUUAUUAAAUGUGUUUCUGAUGAAAUCAGCAAUUACGUUUCCAGAAGAAACCUUCCAAUGUCGACUACAAGCUACAUUUUCUAUUUGAUUAAAACGAUUACAAUGUUUGGGGGACGUCGACAGGGAAACUAUUUUACCAUUUCCUAUUUAAUCUGCAAAAUAUUGUUUCUGGUCAGCAUUUGUUUACAGAUCAUAUUGCUUAACAAAUUCUUGGGUUUUCAAUUUCAGAAAUACGGGCUUUUCCUCAUAAACGAAUAUGUUCAUGGACGGGAAAUCAACGAAUCAUCUUUCUUUCCUCGAGUUACAUAUUGCACUUUUUCAAUACGAAAUUUCAACACUGUGAAUACUUAUACUCUGCAAUGUGUUCUACAAAUAAACUUAUUUUUGGAGAAAAUAUUUCUCGCACUUUGGGUUUUUUAUAUGAUUGCCGGAAUAUACUCAUUGUGCUAUUUCUUCAGCUGGCUUUAUUAUCUCACUAGUCUACGAAAAAGAGUGUCAUGCAUCAAGAUACAUUUGCCAUCUGUGGACGAACAUAAUUCUACUGUCACAGAUUUUGUCUCAAAAUAUCUUAAAACUGACGGAUGUUUCAUCAUUCGAAUGAUAUCACAUAAUGUGGAUAAAGUUACUGCUGAUGACAUUGUGGAUUCCUGCUGGAUGGACUACCUUGAAUUUAACGAAGUAAUCGGAAAUCGCCAAGGAAUUUUAUAG